CUGCGGCCACAGCAGAGCAGGGAAUACGAGCUCCAGUCGCGUCCAGCAUGGAGGCCCGGGCGCUGCUCGCAUUGGUCGCUGUGGCCAGCGCCGCCGCCAACCUGGCCUGUGCAAACCUCGCCCUCGCCGGUCCAUACACUAUAGACAUAUUAGAGCUUGGCGCCUGCGAUGAUGGGGAAUACCCAGGCAUUUUGGUCAACAUUUCACAGACUGUAGACGAGGAAACCAAGGAAACCACGUACAAAGGAAGCCUCACUUUGUACUACGACAUUUUUGCGGACGACUUUGAGAUGGAGGUGACGACAUACAAAUGGGGCAGUACUGGUGGAUGGAAUUUUGACUACCGCCUGCAAUUCUCCAAACCAUUCGAAUACCUGAAGACUAACUUGCCCAAUGUCUUUGAAUAUACUUUCGAGAAAAUAGGUAUCAAACAGAAGCCAGUGUCUCCGGGGACCUACUACUUCCAUGGAUUAAUGCCACGAGGUAUCAGAUUAAAACACUUCGUCAUGCUUUCUUACGGGAAGUACAAAGCAUAUUUAAAGAGUGUGAAGGAUGGAGAAAAAGUGAUCUGUGUAAUGGCGAUUGGCAGUGUCAACGAAGCUGGAUAUAUCUAAGGAAUGGGAUUGAAGAAACUCUUUUAAAAGUAUGUAUUAUCAAUGAACUCUUUGUUUUAAAAUGUACUAAGUAUGUGUCCUAAAUUAUACAACACAAUCUAAGGAGUGUCUGUUAUUAUAUGAGAUGUAGU